AUGGGCAUUUGCGCAUCCUGCUUGGGUGUCUCAAGGCCGGAGAGUCAUGACUCUGAAUCUGCACAGCUAUUGGACGAUGAAGCAUAUCAAUCAGGGUACAACUACGGCACCUCCAAUACCCAGCCGCAGGGCCCGGAUCCGGAGGACCUAAAACGUGAGAGAGAUGCCUUAGAUACCAUAUGUCAACGCGCAUCGGAUUCGGUCAUUGAUAUCUGGGCACAUCAUUCGCAAACCCUUGCCCCUCCUCCCCGUAGCACCGCCACGAGUGCAACAGCUUCGUCCUCCCGAGUCCCCAGCAACGAACGGUCAAGUACACCGAUGUCGGCCUCGCCCUCCAAAACACAAAAUACCAUGUCUCCCAUUCAGCCCGUACGAGAAAGAAUCAACCGAUCUAUCUCGCCUAUUCCCGGAGAAAUUGGAGGGUUGAAGUAUGUAGCGUGGCGCGAUGCCGGAUCAAUACAGAUUACCGAUAUCAGUACUAUGCCAAAACAUUGGGGAGAAGUCGUCGUGACAAAGAAGAGAGGUAAAAAAAAGAGGCCUGGCAUUAUAGGGAGUAACGGAACGUCUAACCCUGAAGAUGAUGUCUUUGGUGCAUUGGUGGUGAAAUGA